AUGCCGAGGGCUUUCUUGGUAAAAAAGGCGAACGUUUCGCCGGGAAAGCGGAACUGGAGUGAACUCCCUGAUCAUGAACGAGGAGACAUUUAUAUCCCAGUCUCCAUCUUCCCUCCAUCCGUCUUGGUGAUGGAUUCUGAAGCCAGCCCCGCCGAGACACCGCCGCUCUGCCUCACCAAGCACUCAAUCUCCGACACGCGAACACACGCCGAGCUGCCAUCGAGCACGGUGCUGGGUCGACCCCAGAGCCCCGUGGCUCCACCUGAGGAGAGGAUAGGGAUUAAGAGGAGGUCACAGGGUGGCUCCACAUACAUCCGAUCCAAAAUGAAGGUAACUACAGGCGAGUUACCCCCUGAUCCUUCUCUUCCUCUCCCUCUCCUUACUAUUCCUACCCUGCCUUCCUUAACCCCACUUACCGAUGUGAUGCCAGUUGCCUUGACGACAACCCCUGCCCCACCGGAGACGGUCCCCACUGUCACCAGAUCAGCAAGUCAAAGUCAGAGUUCAUCGACGGGGGCAUUUGUGUGUCAGAUUUGCCAGAAGACGUUCCAGUACCAGCGAAUGUUAAACAGACAUAUCAAGUGUCACAAUGAGACCAAGAGGCACCUCUGCAGCUUCUGUGGCAAAGGCUUCAAUGAUACCUUUGACCUCAAGAGACACGUACGCACACAUACAGGCGUCCGCCCCUACAAGUGCAGCCUUUGUGAAAAGGCCUUUACCCAGCGCUGCUCCCUGGAGUCCCACAUGAAGAAGAUCCACAGUGUCACCCUGAAGUACGCCUACAAAGAGCGACGCAACAAGCUGUACGUCUGCGAGGAGUGCGGCCACACAAUGGGAACACAGGACGAACUGAUGCUCCACCUCCAGUCGCUUCACCCCGACAGCGCCCUGCUGAAGGGGAAGAUUGCAAAGAGAGCAUCAGGAGGGGGAGGAAGAGAGGGAGGAUCAACCCCAGGUUCUCCCCAAGGACCUGAUAGCGAUGAUACCACUGGAUCAGCAGGGCAGUAG